AAAUAUCUCAGAGGUAGCGUGGGAAGCAAAGCAGCAGGCAUAACACAUAAGUACCCUUAAGCAAGGUCGUGGUUUGGUCAUGUGAUCUGGCGCGUAGCAUAAAAGGUGGAGGCUACUGCCUGUGGCUCUACUCCAUAGGCAACGAUGAAGGGGCUGCUCGUUUUGACUGCGCUGUUUGUGGCCGUUUUCGGCAAGGAGACUUUUGAGGGGGACCAGGUCCUUCGUAUCACUGCGAGGGAUGAGGUCCAGCUCACUCUUCUGAAGGAUCUUUCUGAGAUGGAAUAUCUCCAGUUGGAUGUGUGGAUGGAGACCACUGACCUCCCCACUUCUGUGGACAUCAGAGUUCCCUUCACCAGCCUGCAGACCGUCAAAGCCUUCCUGGAGACCGAGGACAUUGAGUACUUCAUCAUGAUCAAGGACCUGCAGGUUAUGCUGGAUGAGGAGAAGGAGCAGAUGCUGAGUUCUGCCCGCGCCACUGCCCCCAGAACCAGUGAUGACUAUGACUACUCCAACUACCACACCAUAGCCGACAUCUACGCUUUCCAGGACAUGCUGGUGGCUGAGAAUCCCAACCUGGUUAGCAAGAUUGUGAUUGGCCAGAGCUACCAGGGACGCCCCCUGAAUGUGCUCAAGUUUAGCACUGGUGGAACCAACAAACCUGGUAUCUGGCUUGACACUGGAAUCCACUCCAGGGAAUGGGUGACACAGGCUAGCGGCACCUGGUUCGCCAAGAAGAUUGUGACCGACUACGGACGUGACGCCGCCCUCACCGCCAUCCUGGACAAGAUGGACAUCUUCCUGGAGAUUGUGACCAACCCUGAUGGCUACUACUACACCCACACUAGCAACCGUAUGUGGCGUAAGACCAGGAAGCCCAACCCUGGCUCUUCCUGCAUUGGAACUGACCCCAACAGAAACUGGGAUGCUGGUUUUGGAGGUCCCGGUGCCAGUGACAGCCCCUGCUCUGAGACUUACCGUGGACCCAAGGCUCACUCUGAGUCUGAGGUCAAGUCCAUCGUGGACUUUGUCAAGUCUCAUGGCAACCUGCAGGCUUUCGUGUCCAUCCAUUCCUAUUCCCAGAUGCUCCUCUACCCCUAUGGUUACACCAGGACCCCCUGCAAGGACGAGAGCGAACUGCACAACCUGGCCAGGAAGGCUAUCACUGAUCUGGCUUCCCUGUAUGGAACCUCCUACAGAUACGGCAGCAUAAUCAACACCAUCUAUCAGGCUAGUGGUGGUACCAUUGAUUGGACCUACAACCAGGGCAUCAAGUACUCCUACACCUUUGAGCUGAGAGACACCGGUCGCUAUGGUUUCAUCCUGCCAGCUAACCAGAUCCUUCCUACUGCCAAGGAGACUUGGCUGGCUCUGAUGGCCAUCAUGGAGCAUACCAAGGACAACACCAACUAGAUGGGUCACCACGACAACCUACAGGACACUGUGUCAUUGUACUGUUGUACAUAUAUAGGAAAAGCCUAGAUGUACCCAUUAAGUCUACCAUGGUUCUUUCCAGGCCAGAAAGAGAUCAAUAAAUAUCAACUGUUAUACCUGA